AUGUUCUCCUUAUUACGGAGUUCAGCAGCUUCGUCAUGUAGCUGCAUUAUCUCGAACGACCUAUUGCGACCAGUCGUUGGUGAAUUUGCUCAACAAAGAGGUAGAAAACGAGCCUUGAAGCAAACGAUCACACGUCAGCAAAAACUCGAGCGGCGUUUGAAGAGGGAGGAGAGAGAAGCGGCAAGGAAGCAGUAUACUUUUAUGGAACGAAUCAAUAUUCGUAGAAUGAAGAAUUUAUUGUCGCCUUCCCAGCAAUUUCCGGGUCGUUUUAAUAGAGACGAUGAAGCCGCACUACCAGAUAAGCCUCUAACCAACAUUUUCAUUAGGAGUAAAGUCAAGACGCAGUUCUAUCCAGUAGCUGAAGCACUUGCUAGACAUCGUGAAUUGCAGCAGCCUGCCAUCUACAACCAUCCAAAUGCACCAUUACGGCUACGAUUAGAGUUGAAUAUGCAAACGGAAAGACAGGUAAUUCUUUCAUAA